AAAGAAAAAGCUGACGAAAGAUUUAUUUGCACCCGUCUCGACCUGUUUGAUCGAUUUUAUUGCCUACGAAUAGGUCAACAAUUAUGGGAAUCCUACCUAGAUAUAGGUUUACAACAACAUUUGUGGCCAGAUCGACUUUAUACGAUAGCCAAAUCAAAUGAUUUCGAAAUUUGUCAUCAAUAUCUUUUGAAUCAUAUAAAUGAUCUAAAAACAAAUUUGGGUCAAUAUCAGAUGGAACUGGAUAGGCAAUCACAAUCAUGUCCCAUAACAACAUUAUCGUUAGAUGAAAUUGAUCAUCGCCUGAAUGAAUUUAUUAUUUGUCAACGAAAAUACUUAUUGAUGAAAAAUAACAAUCAAUUGUUAAAAUUUAAAGAUGAUUUUCAUAAUAAAGAUUUAUUGAAAACUCUAUCUACAUUUCUUCUUAAAACAGAUCGGAAUGCAUACAUAAAUCAAUUACUUUUAAUACGUGAAAAACAAGGAGAAAUUUAUGAAGAGCUUUUAAUGUUAGAAAUGCGAAUUUUAUGUAAAUUUUUACCACAAAACUUUGAUCAACUACAAUAUUUCAUUACGCCUAUAACUUAUUCACCAUUGAACAAUAAUCAAAAAUCAGUACAAGUAAAAAAUAAAUCUUAUAAAAUUACACAAGAAGCUAAACGUUUAUGGUUAAAUAUUUUUUUUCAAUGCUUGUGA